AUGGUAAGUUCCAGUGCAAAUAUUAGACCAAACACAAGAGGAGGACCUUAUAUGUAUGUUGUCAAUGGUCAAGUUCACCACAGAAUUGGAAUCACACCUGAUGUUGAAGAUCGAAACAAUAGUCGCUACAGCCAAGUAUAUUUUUAUGACUCAGAAGAGGCAAGUAAUAUACGUUGUUCGAUCAGAGAAAAUGAAGAUUGUGAUCCAAUUCUUAUGCAAGAGUUAUCCAAAGUAUUUGAAGAAAUAAAUCCAUACUCCCAAGCAUUCAAAACUUUGGGACAGGUGUUAAGAGAGACUCCACCUGAACAACGUGAAAAUGUGCGGAUGGUAAUUUACUCUGAUAGGAAACAAGAUAAUAGACGAUACAACUUACCAACUUCGAAUGAUGUUGCUGCCAUAUUCAAAGCAGAUGACGGUUGUCCAGUUGGAAACCCAGAGUUUGUGAUAUAUCCCAAAAUUGGAGCACCUGAAAUAAUAGCACCCCACUGUUCAGGAUUGGAUCCGAUGGCCUAUCCUUUACUUUUUCCCUACGGAGAACAGGGUUGGUUUAGAGGGAUGCCUCAAGUCGAAGAAAGAGCUACUGCUCAAAGAAAUAAGGUGACUCAACUUCAAUUCGCUUCACACAGACUAUCAGUGAGGCAACAAUUUUCUCCAGUUCUCAAUGCUGGAAAAAUUUCGUUGCAAUAUAUUGUAGACAUGUUCACUAGAAUUGAAGGAGAGCGAUUGGCAUUUAUUAAAAGUAAUCAGUCGAAACUGAGAGCAGAAUUGUACGUGAACCUUCACGACGCAAUUCAAGCUCGAGCAGACAAUGAAGGUCUAAACAUUGGUCGCCAAGUUAUUUUGCCUCGAACAUUUCAAGGAAGUUUUCGCAACAUGCACAGCAAUUACUUAGAUGCUAUGGCUAUUGUUCGACAGCAUGAAAAGAGGAUUGCCCCACUGUCACAUAUUGCUUACGCUUGA